AGCUCGUUUUCAGCCGUUGUUUUGCUAGUUCUCAAAAUAUAGUUGUGAUUAUGGCUUUCUUCGGACUCACAUAUAUGGGCUAUCAGAACCCUUUUGGGGACAGGAUGACCCAUAACAAACUAGAUCAACGAGACUCAUCAGACCUGCAUUUCGGCAUCCAGAGCAGAUAUCAGGACUUCAGCAGACGCCUUCAGAGGUCUCCCAAAGAACUGUAUCGUGUACCUGUGACGGACAACCAGCAGUAUGGCUGGUGGGUUUCCACUGGUGGCCUGAAGAACCAGGAGACUUGGACUCAAACCCGUCGCUUCCCACGCAAAAACAGCGAAAUGACAAAGUUUGUGAAUGAGAUGUCAAUGACCUGCCCAGACUUCAGCUUGUUUUGAUUCCUGGUCCAUGAAUCUGUACACGUUCACAUGGUGAUCACAAUCCCAUAAUAGCCUACUUCAACACUGCAGUGUGUCAGUUCGCUUUGCAGAACAGGAGGUGCAGAGAACACACAACUUUCAUUGAUUCAAGUGUAAAAUAUCCACUACACAUAUAUGACUGUGCCAUAUUGUUGAUGGAAUUUAGUGCAAUAAAUUUAGUCCCAUACUCUGUUCUAAAUGUUGUUCAUUGCGUAUGCAUGUCAUUAUGGUGGCCAGUAUUAAAAAAAAACAAUGAACUAUUUGUGACUAUUGACAAGUUGACAUUUUACCUGAAGCAGUUUCCAUUCUGAAACAUCUGCCUGAUUUUAAGUUUAUAGUAGAUCCCUUAAUGUUGUGACUCUUCUUUAGAAUCACAAACCUAUGGAAGCCUGUUUCUGCCAUGAAUAAUAUUUGA